GGGAGAGAAGCCGCAUCAGUGCCGUGUUUGUGGUAAGAGGUUCACUGCAAGCUCUAAUCUCUACUAUCACAGGAUGACACAUAAUAAGGAAAAGCCACACAAAUGUAGUCUGUGUUCCAAGUCGUUCCCAACACCUGGUGAUCUCAAGAGUCACAUGUAUGUCCAUAACGGAUCGUGGCCAUACCGGUGUAACAUCUGUGACCGUGGCUUCAGCAAGCAGACAAACCUGAAGAAUCACCUCCUCCUUCAUUCCGGUGACAAACCACAUGAAUGUCAACUUUGCGGGAAGCGUUUUGCCCUUCAAUGCAACCUGAGGACUCACCAGAAGACACAUGAAAAUGAGCCUCAGGAAGAAUGUUUCAAAUGCGGGAAGAUGUUCCUAACACAGAUGCAAUUAUUGAACAACGGCUACUGUAAGACCUGUAUGAAGUCAUUAGGAGGAGCCACUGCUGGUCCUGAGUGUGAAGCAAAGAGGCAAAAAAAACAAGAUGUACCAAAACCGUUCAAAUCAAUUACGGAAUUCUUAAAACCUGAUGAGAAAAAACGGACAGACAAUCGCCCUCUUGGUGUAUUUCGUUAUCCGUUUUUAGGGCCACCAAUGGAUAUGGCGGCGUACUCCGGUGCUUUGUUUCGUUCCACUGGGAUUCCUGGGAUAACACCCCCCGAUGUUCCAUUGCCUGUUGCAUCCAACCUGCCUCAUUUGCCAUCUUUUGCCUCCUACAUGUCUGCAAUGCCAUCUAUGAUCAACUUCCCUGGGGAGAGUUACCCUCAGAGACCAAUUGGAACUAGAGCUAAAUUGCUACAGAGAAUUGUGCAACCUGGGAAUGUGCAUCCUGGUACUUCUUGGCCGAAUAUUGUUGCAAAUACUGUGCAAUCUGAUUAUUGAAUUCACUAUAGAAAAGACACCCUGGAGACUCAAUUCCCCUGACUGCCGAGAAACUUAUCAUGCCUUCUAACUUACCUAGCACUCGGCCCUGGAGUGCUUCUUAAGGCCUGGGAGAGAGCUGCCUCACAUGAUACAACUGUGUCCAUCUGGUAGCAUGGACAAUAAGACUUUACAUGCACUAAUAUAAAUGUACAGGCAAAUAAACAAGCGGAAUACUCUGUGGUGAAUGGCUACUUUCCAAAUUGUUCGCUAUCGAUAGGACAAACCGAUGGUGCCUUUUCAUUUAUAUCACAUGCAAAUCAUGCUCGAAGAACCUAAUUACCAGAUGAACACAACAAUAUUCCGUUGAAAAACUGACAAGUUUUUUCAACUAUAUUGAAGAACUUUUAACUUUCCCAGGACCGGCCAGCUCGGCAAACUGGAAGGCCGGCUUAAUUCUCGGCAAUUUGGGGAAUUGAUUUUCCAGGGUGAAAGUACUCUGUUGAAUUGAUAAUAUAAAUGAGAAAUAGUUUAUUGGCUUAGUGUAGACAGCCAUUGACAUAGUGUGACAUCGCACCAAUACUCUGUAUGUUAAAUUCGUCGAUUAUGCCGACACCUUAGUUAAGUUGACGCAGCAUCAAGCGCAGGUCUGUUGACAACACUAUGAUGCCUAUCUUAGAUUUUGCAUGACAUGACUUCCAUUUUACCAUCAACCUCGUAACCGCUUUCACAUUCGAUUUAAAUUAUCAGUAAACAGGGUGGUCAAGAAAAAACGCAACCGGAUACUUCCACUACCAGGUGGUUAAAAUCUUUCUAGGAGAGGAAUGAUACCAAGAUCGACCGAUUCUGUUCAGUAAUUUUUGUUUUAGAGACGUUUUUCUUGGCCAGGUUCAAUGUAGAAAAACGGAACGCUUUUGUUGUAGGUAUCAAACAUCUUGGUGGUGUGCUGAGGCCUGGCCAUGCUAACACGACCUUUACUCAGUUGCAAAUGGUCAUUAGGAACAUUGUCGACAUUAUCUCAUAUCAGUAUUAUUACCUUCAUUUAAUCCACCUACUAACUAAGUUUGAUUUACCGGCACAGUUCGAUUUUUCCUAUGUGCGAAUGAAGCCUGUCAGUGCUUCACUAAAUAGGCUCUAAAACAAAAAUUACUGAACCAAAUUGGUCCAUCUUGGUAUCAUUCCUCUCCUAGAAAGAUUCCCCAUCCACUGAUAUCAAUGCUUUUAACCUCCUGGUAGUGGAAGUAUCCGGUUGCAUUUUUUCUGGCCCACCCUGUAUUUUCAAGGGAGAUUUCAGAAAUUUGGUGAUAACAAUUUAUCUUAGUGGGUUCCAACAGAUAUUUCAUAACUGACCAGUGUGUAAUCCUCUCAUACUGUUUUCAUUCUAAUCAGCUAUUUGGUAAUAAUAGACCGUAUUCUUGAGGCAGCUCGGGAUGAGUAUAAACCGUGAACAAUAAGAAUAAUUGAAUUCUUGCUUGAAACUUAGUGAUCUGUUUGCACUGGUAGGGCGACAUUUUUAUUACCUCUUCAUAUGCUGCCUUCUACCCUCUAUAUACAUUGCACAUGUACACAUUCCCUCUGUAUAUAAGUGUAUAUAUCUUUCUUUAUAGUGUAUUGUUGAUAUAUUUAUUAGUACCAUGGAGUGACUAUCUAAGCAUUAGCUUUGACUUACUACAAUAUGUAACUUUAUAUCUGUAAAAGACCAUUUAGUUCUUCAGACUGAUGCUCAGUCAAUGUCACUUGCAACACAUUCAAUGACGACAGGUUGUGGAUAUUAUUGUUGCAAUCAUGAUCUACACUCCAUCAACACACUCACAAGCAUCCCCACCUUUGCCAAACUGUCAACCCUUAAAGUUAAAUCAACACCUUGAAUGCCGCGUUUUUUCCCCUUAUUUGUACCCAGCGCCAUGCCAUCAGCCUAGAACAAUAAAGUUUGGCCCCUUGGACCCCAUUCCAGAUAGCCAUAGCUCUUUGAAGUCAGCUUGAUCUUUUAAAAGAAGUUAAAACUACUUCAGUGCACCAAAUAUCUAUAUGGUGAGCACAAAUGCCUCUGGCCUUUUCAUUCACUUAUGAAAUAAAAAUAGGAGGAAUAAAUAUAUUUACCGGAAAAA